AUGCGCCGAUUGGCCAGUGUGGCCCCUGACAGCCCAGCCGCACGAGAUCCCGUCGCACCCCCCCAUCCAUUCCGCUCCCGUCUCCCCAUCCACCCCGCUCCCGCAGCCACCACCCCAACCGCCCCCAUCCCCGAGCAAAGCUCGCAUGGCGCCGGCGUCGGCGGGGCCGAUUCCUCCUCUCGCCCUCAUCCGCCGGCCCAACUCCGUCGGUCGUCGGCGAUUGCCGACCCCAUACCUCGCCAGCCUUUCCAUCCGCCCGACCGCCUUCAUCCCGCCACCCCCAGCCGCCCAAGCCACGCUUAUCCGCCCCCAGCCGCCCCCAUCCCGCCAGCACUAGCAGCCCCCAUCCCACCGCCGUCCCCCCGUCACCCCCGUCCCCGAGAUCCCCGAGCAAAGCUCGCAUGGCGCCAAUGUCAGCGGGACCGCUUCCUCCUCUCUCGCAGGUCGGGGUGGAACGGGGACGCUCAGCUCUACGGGAUUGCGAGUGCGACCUCGGUGUGGCUUGGGCGACGGUGUGGUCCAUGCGGAGUGGUGCAGAGGGGCAUGCCGAUCUGGGCGCGCGGGAGUGCACGGGCGCAUUGGCAGCGCGUUGGGCUGCACGCCACACAAGAGCCGGCCAUACUAAACCCGGUAACAAGGAGCCAUCCCGAAAAUCAUCAAGGAAGGAAAUAAGCCACCCCUAGCAAGGAAGGAAAGAGGGAUUGAAUACAAGAAUAAGGAAGGAAAAAGGAAAUAAAUUGGAGGAAAGAAUAAAGAAGGAAAGAGAGAGAUUGAAUGAAAGAAUAAAGAAGGAAAUAAAGAAGGAGAUAUAAAGAGAGAGCAGUGUUUUUGUGCUCGGGCAUGAACAAUACCGCGAUUUCAAAUAGAAAAAUGGUUCCAAAAAUUCUAACUUUUUUGUGCUGCAAUAUGUUCAUGUGUGCGAACUCCGUGUAAUUUUUUUGUUAAGUUUGGACAUUCGAGAAGCAUGUUGUAAAAAAGAAAAAAUUCGGAUGUUUAAAAAGCUAUUGAUAAUCGCACUAUUUAGAUGUGAUUUUGUCUUUUUUUGCUAGGUGCUCGUUGAAUGUCCGAACUUUCCAAUAUUUUGCACCGAGUUCACAUGCAAGAGCAUCGUGCACUGCAAAAAAAUUGAAAUUUUUUAAACUUUUUUCAU